GACGUCGCUAUAUUGUACACCCAGCACUUGUUUGUUUUGGUACGUGCAAUGGUUUUGACGUUUCAUCUGACGUUUUUUUUUCGUGCAAGUUCUCCCAAAAACCAUUUUUUCUGAAUUUCCUACAAAAUCCUUACAAAAUUUAGAGAAAAAAUAUUGAAAAUGUUGGAACGACAAACAACUUGAGACACGCUAAUACAACUAUGGAAGGAUGUCUAUCUGUGGAACCAUUUCAAGUUAUUCCCUGAAUUUAUUGCUAUUUACACAAGUUCUGUCGGUCAUAACAUUAACUGUAAAAUACAACGAAUACAUCAUCGAUAUGGGAAAGAAUGCCACCAUACCGUGCACAAAUGAAAAAUCGACAAUUUGGAUUAAGGAAAAUCAAAUGGAACAUCGACAAUUUCAUGCUGGUAGUGAUUUACGGUUGACAAACGUUACAACACAAGAUGCUGGUACAUACACAUGCCUGAUAUCAACAUCUAGUCCCGAUGCCAGCGCACUGUUGAAUGAUUCGGCGGAAAUCUAUCAGAAUUUGGACGAUACAUAUGUGGAAGCGAUGAAAGUGAACGUGGUGGUCCGAACGGUACCGGGACCUGUUUCUCGUUUGAGUCUUCGUAUUUCAACGAUACUGGGAGUAUUGAUGUGGGAGUUUAAGAAAAAUAUGUCCGGCGGUUAUCCGUUGAAAAGUUUUACUGCCGAAUUUCGACAAACCGUUCCAAUUAACGAACCAUUGCACGAAUGGGAACGUCUGGAUCCGAUUAAUAUUGCCCCGAAUGUGCGAUACAUGGAAGUAUAUCACCUCACGCCGAAUACCACGUACGAAUUUCGAAUUUGGGGCAAUAAUCUGCUUGGAGCCGGUGAAAUAGUCAAUACAUUCAUUACAACAUUGCCGGAAAUCGGUGACGAAGAACUGAUUCGCAUUUUGUUACGAGAUGUUAAAGAGUUUGAUAAAAAUGUGUGGACGUAUGCGGUAAGCGUUGUAAUGGGAGCUAUGGUUAUACUUGGACUAUCCGUAUGUUUUAUGUUAUUGCGUGAUUGUUACGAGGAAGACGAACGUUCAGGUGAGAAAUUUUUAAAUUUUAUUUCCAAUAUAUUAGUUCCGAAAAUAGACUAUAAAACGCCUAUUCGAACUUUCAACGCAAUAUAA